AUGUCGGGGAAAGUGUUGGAAGGACGAGUUCUCAAAAAGUUCACCUGUCCUGGAGAUGGCGAACCCUUGGAUCCUAACCACCAUGGGUGGCUACACUGGUUUGAUAAACCGCUCCCAGACGGUGGACACCCUAAUACAGAUAUAUGGCCAGAUGUAUCUGAUUACUCCCCAUCCGAACUGUACCCUGCCCCAGGUCUCAAAAACGCAGACGGAGAACAAAUGUUUCUAUUUUCUUCGCGCCACUCGAAGACGGUGAGGCGCCAUUUUCACUGGAUGGCGUUGCACGGUGUCGACGGCGCGUUCUUGCAACGAUUUGCAGGCCAGUGCGACAUAGAGGCGGGGACAGCAAUGAGGAAAAUCAGAGAUGAAGUGGGUGAUCGUGUUCGAGAGGCUGCUGAAGCAGAGGGAAGGGUAUUUGCCAUCAUGUAUGAUGUCUCAGGUGUUCACCCAGACAAGAUUCAGCGAGUGCUCGAGCAAGAUUGGAUGCAUCUUGUGCGUGAUAAAUGCAUUCUAGACAGCCCCAAUUAUCUUCGCGAAAAAGGCAGCCCGGUCAUUGCUCUGUGGGGUUUUGGAUUCAACGAAAGAAACCACUCCCCUGAAGUCGUACGAUCUAUCACUAAUUUCUUUCGUUCCUCCACACCAGGCGGUGCUUAUCUUAUGGCAGGUGUACCUGGACACUGGCGCACAUCGACAUCUGAUAGUGACCCAAACCCCGAUUUCUUGCGAGUCUGGACAGAAGAGUUUGAUGCAUUGAGCCCUUGGACUAUCGGACGUUACGGAAAUGAAGAAGAUGCGGAGCGCUGGGGGAAUGAAAAAGUCAAACAGGACUUUGAUUUUCUGAAGCAAAGAGGAGAUGAAGGCAAAAAAAGAGUAGAUUACAUACCUGUGGUACUUCCUGGAGGCAGCGGUUAUAAUCUCUCUGGCGGCCAAUGGGGACUCAACGACAUAAAGCGCAACGGGGGCCGCUUUCUCUGGAAGCAAAUAUAUGCUGCUCGACACGCAGGGGUGCGCAUCAUCUAUGGGGCCAUGUGGGAUGAAUAUGACGAAGGAACAGCAUACAUGCCCGUUGUCUCUUCUUCAAAGCAACUUCCUGUUCACCCACAGUUUAACUUUCUAGCGCUCGAUGCCGAUGGCUAUUCGCUCCCGUCAGACUGGUAUAUGCGCAUAACUGGUUUCGCCGCUGAAUCAUUACGCGGUGAUCGUAUGAUACAUGAGACAUUUCCUGUCAAGGAGUUACAGGAUUAUUGGGCAACACGCCCCAGGUAUGAAGAUAAAACAGCUCACGAGGAAGAGGCGGAGCGAUGGAAGGAAGCUCAACGAGCGUAUCACGAUUGGGCUACAAAGGAAGGAGGUGCAGCAGUGGAUGAGGCUCCACCUCCAUAUAGGCUGGAAGAUGAGCAACCGACGCAAAGUCCUCGAACAAGCAGUACACCCAACGUCAGACCAGUCCCACCUGAAGCCACCAAGCCUACUCUCGGCCAUUCAUCCAGUGUCUCAGCCUCUUUUGUAUCCCCGCCGCCUGUUCCGGCCAGGAGUCCAUCGCUGACCACGAGCUCGCCAUCAGCGGGCAGUCGACCUCCUGUUAUUAACAUGAGUUCUCGCCCUCCACCGGCUCCAAUGUCAGCAAGACCGGUAUAUUCCUCCGAUAAGGUGGAUAUGGACAUGCGUCCCCAUCAGUUCUAUCAGCAACCAGGCUCCUCGCAUUCCAUUGUCAGGCCAUCCUCUCAAGUUUCUUUCCCUCUUCCUCCACCUGCAUCUUCUAAUGUGGCAUAUUUGGCCGAUGAUCUCGCCCGACAGAAAUUAUCACACCAUCCGUCAGAAGUUGUCUCAACACUACAGGAAUCUCAUGUAUCGGAAAUUUCUUCUUCGGUCAUGCAAAUGCCUUCCGUGGAGGCGAGUCUAAGGCGUCCCAGUAUUUCGCCCGCAAUCCCGCCAAUUUCUCCGCGCCCGCCGGCUUCACAAGUACCUGUUGCAUCAUGGUCCCAAUAUCCUGGUCAACAACAGCUUCACUAUGAUCCGUACAAUCAUCCCCCUGCCCCACCCCUCGAUUCCCACCCUUCACCCUCACCCCAGGGUAGGCCUUCCGCUAUAGGCGGACCAGGAUACGAUCGACAUGAUGCUAAGACGCAUUCACACGCCACCUCUUACCUCCGCGUAGAACAAUUAUAUCCGAACACAAUUCCAACUUCUGGUGUACCUCAAGAACCUUACAUAGCAACAGACAAGCCACCACAUCCCUACCAAACCUAUCCCGCAUCAAAUCCACUUGCCCAAGACUACUUUCAACACCAAGUUCCUCCCGCACAACCUCCUGGUGGUUCGCAUUCUCCUCGACCAUACCCUCCACCUGAAUGGGGAAUCCCAAGCUCGCCUCCGUCCCAAGUGCACCAUAAUAGACCUCCUACGCACCCGCAGUCUCAGAGCUAUUACGCCCCGAACCAGCCGGCACCGAUGUGGACAGGCAAUGGUGGAGGGGGCAGGUCCAAUCUCGCGGGGCGCGCACUAGACACUGUGGAGGGCAUCGCGGGGAGGGAUGCGAGGAGACACCUGGAGGGUCUUGCGCAGAGCGGGUCGAAGCUGCUGAACAAGUUCAAAUGA